ACACGUUUCACUUGUGGUGGAGUCUCCCUAGGUGUGGGGAUGCAGCACCGUGUGGCAGAUGGCAUGUCAGGUCUCCACUUCAUUAACACGUGGGCCGAUAUGGCACGUGGAUUCCAGGUUACCAUCCCACCAAUUAUUGACAGAGCCCUCCUACGAGCCAGGAACACACUAACUCCCGCAUUCCAUCACAUCGAGUACCAGCCCCCACCUACCAUGAAAACUCCUCUACAAAUCACAAAUUCCCAACUGGGUCCCCUCGGCACCACCUCCGAAGCCGCGUUUAAGAUCACCAGUGAGCAGCUCAACAUCCUGAAAGCUAAGUCCAAGGAGGGCGGCAACACCAUCAACUACAGCUCUUACGAGAUGCUGGCUGGACACGUAUGGCGAUGUGUAUGUAAAGCACGUGGACUUCCCGAUGAUCAGGAAACCAAGAUGUACAUUGCCACCGAUGGACGUUCUAGAUUGCAGCCCCCGCUUCCAGCAGGUUACUUCGGUAAUGUCAUUUUCAAUGCCACACCAAUCACCACGUCCGGUGACCUCACGAACAAUCUGCUGACGUAUGCUGCGUGUAAGAUCCAUGAGGCCUUGAUGCGGAUGGAUGAUGAAUAUAUGAGAUCGGCUCUCGAUUACCUGGAGUCGCAGCCUGAUCUGACGGCUCUGGUUCGAGGGGCCCACACUUUUCGAUGCCCCAAUCUCGGGAUCACAAGCUGGGCAAAGCUUCCUAUACAUGAUGCGGAUUUCGGGUGGGGCAAGCCGAUAUUUAUGGGUCCCGGUGGAAUCGCUUAUGAGGGUUUGGCUUACGUGCUUCCAAGCCCAACCAACGACGGAACCCUAUCGCUGGCAAUUUCGUUGGAAUCUGAGCACAUGAAGGUAUUCAAGAAGCUUUUUUAUGAGUUCUAGAGGAACAAUCAGACCCAGCCGAUAUGUUUGUACUCGUAAUGGCAAAAGACGAGCUUUAUUUAUGAUAUCUAAGAUUUUUUUUCGGAUUGCAGUAUUUAUUUUUGUGGAUAUGGUGCACUGGUUGUAGCCUCUGUUUAAAUAACUAGCACUAGAAGUAUGGAUGAUUUAAAGAUUUAUCUCUUGUGUAUGUGAGUAAAGUUCUCUCCGAUAAUUCCUUAUAAUGUAAUAAUAAAAAAUUAAAUAAAUAACUACGGUGUG